AUGCUGGAUGGCUACUUUGAGUUCUUCAUGCCGCCCGCCGCCGCCCGCUCCGUGCUCGCCUUGCGGUCUGAACUUGACGCGCUGAUUCAACGCAAGCUAGAGGAGUGGCCAUUCUGGGAGCCAUCUUGGGCCUUGUGGAGUGCGAGCAGUCACGCAGCACCUUCACCACAGCCCUCAUGCCAGAAAGAGUUCGGGUGCAAUUCUCUUUCUUUUCCCGUGUCAUCACCCCGAGCAGCUGAGCUGGUUAACCCUCGCCUUCCCUUCACACCAGAAGACAAGGCCAUUCUUGGAGCUCUGGGGAACCCUCGCCUUCCCUUAACAGCAGAAGACGAGGCCAUUCUGGGAGCCGUCUCGGACCUUCCCCAGUGCGAGCAGUCACAAGGCACCUUCACCAUCGGCCUCCAGCCAAAUCAUCAGUCGUGCUUUUUCUUUCUUCGCUUUUCCCUUUUCACCACCCCAACGCAGCUGGAGAACCCUCGCCUCCCCUUAACGCCAGAAGAUGAAGCUAUUCUGGGAGCUGUUUCUGACCUGCUGCAGUGCGAGCAGUCACAAGGCACCUUCACCAUCGGCCUGCAGCCAAAGCUCGCCCCUCCCAAGCCAGCCAAACCCGUGCGGGCGAAAGCAGUGGACAUGAAACUGGAAGUGGGGAAGGAUUUCAAGUCGUACGUUCACAACAACUGCAAGAUCCAUUUCCUGGGCAAACCUCGGUACUACACGGAUCAGAUCGGGACGAAAAAGGAGAAGGUGUAUCAAUGCACGAUGCGGCUUGGCGGGGCUGCGGCAGGGAUUGAUUUUGUCGGCGAGCCUGCUUCUACGAAGAAAGUUGCCGAGUGGAACGCGGCUGUGGAGGCGUGGCAGUGGAUUCUGGAGUAUAAGAAGGUGGAGAGGAAGGAGAAGGAGAAGAAGGAGGAGGUGAAGAAGGCUGGGAGGAAGGAGAGAAAGGAAAUUAGGAAGGCGAAUCAUAAGAUGGAGGAGAGGUGGGAGUUUUGGAGGAAGAAGUAUGAAGAGGAGGAGGCAGCUGCUAGAGCUGCAAAACGGAAGGAGAAGGGAGGAGGGAGUGGGGGGGGUGUAGGGGUGGACGAGGGAGAGGCGAUGGGUGAAAAGAUGGUGGAGGAAAGCGGGAAAGGUGUGGAAGAGAAGGGAGGUAAGUCGCGGGGGCGCAGAAAGGGGGGAAAUGCUACGAAAAGGGAGCAGAAGGAGGGGGAAAAGGGAAGAAAAGAGCAGGAGGAGCAGAGGAGGGGGUUGAUGCAGCAGGGGUAG